AUGUUUCAUCGAGAAAGACCUCGGCAGAAGAAUUUCUUAAAUAGAAGCCUGUCUCGCAACGUAAUGUGCAGCAUGCAUCACCCGAACAUUGCGCCUCCCCUAAAUGGGAUUCCUAGGGUUAUGAUUAUCUCCCUUCCUUCACGUAAUACUGAUAGACUGCUAGAUUCUCGAUUAUCUCGAGGUUUACUGUUUCCACUUACAUAUGCAUCUUCAGAAGCUUAUAUUGUAUACAUUCUUUUUAAAAACAGUUCAAAUAAGCUAAUACGAGAUGUUGUAUCCGUCUUCCGUUUUUUCUUAUGUUGCUAUACCCCACAAAAAAAGUGUGCGCCAGUGAGAGUGAAAAAUACCACAAAACCAAAUGUGUGA